GUGGUGCUGGAGGGUGUGGGCUUUAAAAACACAGAGGAGCAGCCCACCACCUGAUGACAUCAUCCAGUGGGCUCAGAGCAAAUGAGCUUAAAGAAGCAGGUCCAAGGAUGUUUUUUCAACCUCUUUAAAUGUUUAGAAGCAUACAUUUUGAGCAAUAUAAUACUUUAAACUAGUGCAUAGCGGCAGCAGACGGUUUUGAUUUGAGGCGCAUUUACACUUUACAUUUACAUUUUACAUUGACACUUUACAUUUACACUUUACAUUUACACUUUAUAACCUUUCAUGGACACAAGCCACUCUCUGUUCCACUUGAGUUGCUGUUUUAAUCCAGUUUAAACCUAGUUAGCCCCUGUAGUGAUUUACAAAACCUAAUAUAGAAUUAAUUUAGUCUUAAUAAAGUCUCUUAGUCUUAAUAAAUUACUAAAGUCUCAUUCUGAACACUCUGCUGAUGCCGUUUUAAUAUUUUUUGUCAAGAUUAAAUGUACUAUGAAAACAGGGCAGAAGUCUUUGGGGAGCUAUGAGGGAGGAUUGACCCCUCAAGUCCCCAGUGAUCCUAUGAUUCUACUUUAAACAAACGUCAACUUAACUUUUGUGUAACGCAUUUUAAAAUUUCUUACCAGUAAAUGCCUGAGGAGAUAAUGCGGAUGAGAAAGAGAGUGCCGUCAACUGGGAGGGAAAACGGCAGAGGAGAGUCCAAAAGAUGGGCUAGUCCUCGGAAAAGACAAAGGACUGACUAUACCUCUAUGGAUUGGAAUGAAGACAGUGAGUCCAACAGUGAGGAGGAUGAGGAAACGUCUGAAGAAGUACUACCCAGCUGGCCUUACUGGGAUGUGACCUGUGGAACCAAAAAGGGCAUCUUGCAUGUACAAUAUCUAGAAAGGGGUCAGAAGGACUGUAUCAUGUCUGGGGGCCGCUGGUUUUCUCCCAGUGGAUUUGAGGAGUUUGGAGGCAAAAGGUCACAUAAAAAAUGGAAAAACUCAAUUAUCUACAAGAGCCAACCACUGAAUUUUUGGAUUGACCGAGGUUACCUUAAACCACAAAUUAAAAGACACACGUUUACAGCCUCAGAGAGGUCAAAACAUAAAGAGAGUCACUGUGAAGAGUCUGAUGACAAACGUGACCACGAGGAAGAAGUAGGAUCAGAUGAAGCGCCCUCGGAAGAACAAACAGAUGUUCUAAAUGGGGAAAAAACAAAUGACACUGAGAGCACUGUGUCAAAGAGGAAACCUUUGUUAAUUCUUCCCAGACUAGAAGGUGUUGUUCAUCUGCUGUUAAAUGAUGUAGUGCUGUCGCCAAACGGCAGCAGAUGUACGGCAACUGAAAAGCAGAGUGAUGAUGAAACCGUUAAUUCGAGCGACGACGACGACGACGACGACGACGACGCUCCCGGACCGGAGACUUCAUCGCGCUGCAGUGGCACUGAACAUGAGCAGCACGAGGAGGUGGAAGACACGCACAUAGAAAAUACUGUCAUGUCCAAGGAUCAAGGGGUUGGCACGUCACCACAAGAAGUAAAAAUAGAAAAUAAUAUUAACAGUAAAGAGGAAAUCAUCAAGUCUAUGCCACGAAAUGUGAUCAGCCAAGAUUCUACACAACUCAGUGAAAGGACUCCUCAGGAAGACAACCCCAGAACUGUUUCAGAUGAGCCUGGAGCAAAACCACAAACAAGCACCGAAGUGAAUGUCCUGGACCUUCAACAACUGAAGAGAGAAAAAAUAAAAUGGCAGAUAAAAGUCUUGAAGUUGCAGGAGGAGUAUUACUCGCUACAGAUACAAAAGUUAAAACAGUGACGCUCAUCUGUUGUAUUUUAGAAUAUUUUUUCUAAACUUUAUUGCAUAGCUGUGAAAAAAUGUCUUUUAUGCGUUAAAGGACUUCUCUCUUUUGGACUUUUACAUGAAUUUGUUUAACUUUUUAUUAUUUUUAACAUGUUUGUAAUGUGCCUUACUGCGUAUGUCACACAGCAAGUCAGAUGUAACUUGAACCGCAGAUUGAUU